AUGCUUGGAAUAGAAGAGGAAACUAUAAAGAGCAGGAAAUCCUUGAGACAGAAAUUUAGCGCAGAUGAAGAUAAACGCAAAGUUGAGCUAGUUAGUGUUUAUGGCAAUCAUUCAUGGAAAAAAAUUGCGACAUUAAUGGAAGGCAGGAAUACACGCCAAUGUCGCGAAAGAUAUAUUAAUUACCUAUCACCAAACCUUAUUAAUGGACCUUGGACUUCCCAAGAGGAUCGAUUCUUAAUUGAUAAGGUGAAGCAAUUUGGUCAGAGUUGGUCGAAAAUUGUUAAAUAUUUCCCAACAAGAUCUGAUGUUAACAUCAAAAACAGAUACGCCCUUCUUGUUUCUAAAGGUAAGGCUCCAAGGUUUAAAUCGGAAACCCACAGGACCAAAAGUAAGAAGGCGGAAACAACUGUGCUCAAAAGUGAACCUUGUGUAUCUAUUGAAGAAAUAUUUGAUACAUCAAUCUCUGAAUUUCAAGAAUUGAAAUUGGAUUCCAAAAAUGAUUGCCCAUUUAAUCUCUCAUCCGAAGAAUUAUUUGAUUUAUCUUUUUAUUAG